AGCUGGGAGGAUCUACGAUUACUAGUACUAUUUUGUAGGAGAGCUAGAGCGUAGAACUAACCCGUUACUCAGAAGCAGAAGAAAGACGCGGGCUGCAAAUGACAAAAGUAAUAAAUAGCCCAAUCAAGAGGAAACAAGACAGUACAGUAGUUGUCUCGUUCUGUAUUUCUUUCCAAAAAUGAGUACUCCGCCACAUAGAUUGUCUGCAUGUCUGGAGAUGAAAGUUGACGAGUUAUUCCUGCGAUUCAUGAGUGAGGAGUCCAACAUAGAGAAACUCCAGGAGAGCCUGGCUGCUAUCAAGUCAGAGCAGCCGCUUCCGAAGCUGAGCACGACGACCGGGACUGGAACGGCUGGUGAAGCCUCAACCGGGCGUGACGCCAUGGGUGCAAGCAGGAAGAGUUCGCCACCACCACGGGCCCCGUCACCCUCCUCUCCGGCCGCUUCGCCUAAGUCCAGUCCCCGGGUGCGCAGGGCGGCACGACUGGCUACUGCAGUAACUGCACCUAGCAUAGAAAUCACUGCAGAGAGUGAUGAUGCCAGUGGUACACGUAGCAAGAGUGCAGACACCAGUAUUUCAACUGCACAUGCGCCACAUCUCCAAAACAAAGUUGGGCUGCCGAGCAUAUUAGCAUCCACACCCGCAGAGUCAACGUCCACCACACACAGAAUGCUGUCGACGCCUUCAUCAUCAUCAUCAUCCUCAGCAUCAUCGUCAUCACCAUCAUCCUCAUCGAGUAUACCGCGAUUUUACUUCCCGUACGGGCGGCCAACAGAUAAUGACACAUGCACCAGUGCCAGUCUUUCAGAGAUCCGCGCCGUGUUUGAGUUGUCGGAUGACGGGAGUGGCAUGGGUCUGGCCAAACACGAGUUUGACCGAGUCUGCUCGGUGUGCAAUUUACCAGUUUAUUGGAAAGGUAUCCUCUUCCGGGCAGCCGGCGGCACUAGUAAAACGAGAGUGAAGUUCUCUGGCUUCUCGCAGAUCUGGAAACGAUUGAUCAAGCAGUACCAUGAUCCAGCAUCUCGAUUCGUUCGGCUCUCAUCGAGAUUACAAAGUGAUUCCUUAGUCUUCCAGGAUUUGCUUCCGCUUAUUCAGUGUGUCGUUGAUGACCACCCGGGAUUAUUCUUUCUGCGUGACUGCAAGGAAUUCAUCAACUCCUAUAUAUCAACGGUUGCAACGAGAAUUUUCUAUACAGUGAAUAGAUCUUGGUCAGGCCGAAUAUCAAUACCUGAGCUCCGUCGAAGCACACUCUUGUCGGUGAUUGAAAAGUUGGAAACAAUCAAUUCCAUCAACGAUGAGCUUGAGUUCUUCUCGUAUGAGCACUUUUACGUCAUGUACUGCAAGUUUUCGGAGAUGAACAACCACCGGCGCAUUCUAGACAUCCACGACCUGUCAGAAUAUGAUGAAUACGGGCUCACACGCGCUAUUCUAAAACGGGUUCUUAGUAAAGCAGUGCUUCGCUAUUCCAAGGAAGGCCUCAUGGAGUAUCCUGACUUUGUGUGUUUCAUGCUGGCUGAAGAGGACAAGACCACAUCAACAAGCAUUGAAUACUGGUUCCGCUGCCUGGAUCUAGAUGGGGAUGGUGUGAUUAGUAUGUAUGAGAUUGAACACUUCUACAAUGAGCAACUGGAUCACAUGCAGCGCGAGGGCAUGGAGCCAUUCGGCUUCAACGACUGUCUUUGCCAGCUCCUGGACAUGAUGCGGCCCCAAAAGCCAGGCUAUAUCACCUUGCGUGAUCUGAAGGCAUGUAGCAUACAUGCCAAGAUUUUCUUCAACACCCUGUUCAAUUACACCAAGUUUGUUGCUCAUGAGCAUCGGGAUCCGUUUACAAAGGACAUUGGCUCGAAUCAAGAACAACCGUCUGACUGGGUGAAGUUCGCCAGUGUUGAGUAUCUGGCAAUGGUGACUGGUGAGGACGAUGUACCAAAGGAGGAUGAGGAGUUUGACAAUGACACUGAAGAUCCAGUACUGAUGGCUCUGGCACAGUCCGAGGAAUCAUAGGCUCGGGGUGAAACGGUUACGCGUUUAGCUCGGCGGUGAACUGGUUUGCGAAUGGGUUUACCGAAACAGGUAUAACCCAUACUGGUACUCGUAGUGGCAUGCACCCUGUUUCCUGCUGUGCGUACACAAAGCAUGCAAGAUCACUUUCACACGCGUUGCAGAACUUCAACCAGAUUAUUGGAUCGGUCAGCUCUCCGCCUUCUCUCUUCAUAAUCGCGCCAUGUAUAUCUUAGCGCAUGGAAUGCUAACUUAUUUUGCACAUUUCAUGAAACUGUGGACUCAUGACUGGCCUUAGUACGGGCUGUGUGCCUGCAUGUACCACGAAGCAGUGCAGUCGACACGCCAUCAUGCUUUGACGCACUACAGUGUGUGCACGGCAUGACUUCUACACAGUGCAGUGCGAUGUACUGUAGCCACUGGAACCACUAUGCUAACCGUUACAUAAACUAGUUAACCAGUCUAUCCGUUUCACCCUGCCCGUGAUUCCGGGAUGUUUUGUCAAGCCUGUUCGAGUCUACGAAUUGUCUAUAUCGUUAGAAUGCCUCAGUUCUUGUUCUUGUUCGUUGGAAUGCACGUCUGUGUUGCACAGCAUGUUAGAGAUUGUAUGUAUUUUCGUGCUGCUUCUUGCUCGUAACUGCUCAUAUUGUUUGUAGUUUGCUAGUGCAAUAGGUUCACCGCUGUACCCAUACAACUGUACCCAUACACAUAGUGUAGACACUGUAGUAUUUAAUUGUAAGUCUAGGCUUGUCUUGACAGUCUAAGGUUGUGUCCAGUGUGUCACGUGUUGUGUACGCUCAAAACAGAACUGAACAUAAGGCGUUGUCAUAGUGCUGCCGGUAUGCGUUUUUUCUUGUGACGUGAAUCGAAUGUUGCUUUCCCUCCCACGCACUUCAUAUCGUGUCAGACCUUUACACCGCGCAGAAAAGUAUCCUCGUGACUUCUUUCAUCCUUUCUGUGAUAAUCUGUGCUUGAUCGUUUCGAUCAGAAGUCAAACAAGUCAUUUUUCUAUGUAACCAAAGUGCUGUUCAACAAUACAAUGUGCAUUGGAGAGCUCCUAGCACUGUUCGUCCUAUUUAUCAAACACAAUGAUAUAAUUAUACAGCUUUCUAUCACAGUGAUAUAAUUUAUGUCAGCCAUGUCCCCCUAAUCCCCUCUGGUGUCCACCCUCUGAUCCUGCGAAGUGAGUUUUGUCUGGACUUAUACACACGCAUACGCGUGCCAUGCACACAUGGACUUUAUCAUAACAAUAGUAUUAUCUAUUUCUGACCACACAUGCUCUACUGAAUCGUUCUCUGCCUUCUGAUUUUCUUGUCCGCUGCGCAGUAAUGCUGAUACAUGUACACCAUAA